GUCCAUCUAUAUAAUCUGGUACAUCGUCCGGCGCAGGCGCUUGCUGCUACUCAGCUUUUACCCUUCUAUUCUUUUCCCAUUUCGCCUGUACUAUACGCCCUUUGUGGAAUUUUGCCGCCAGCUCACUCGGUGACCGUCACUCGAAGCUAGCCUAUCGCCUGACGAACCCGGUGGCAAAAUGUCGAUUCUCUCUGCGGCACUCAAUCUGCUGCCCAAGACACCUCUGACCUCGGCGUUCAAGCCGGUUGAACUGCAUGUGGACGAGAACGAGCCUUUGACUGCCAACAAGGAGACCAGUGGAGAUGCGGUUGCGAAGUGUGAGCUGCGGAUUGAAGGGAUGACCUGUGGGUCCUGUGUGGAGUCUAUCGAAGGCAUGCUCCGCAAUCAACCCGGUAUACACUCUAUCAAAGUUGCGCUGCUUGCAGAGCGGGGAACCAUCGAAUAUGACCCCAAUACCUGGACGCCGGAGAAGCUCGUUAAUGAAAUAUCAGACAUAGGUUUCGACGCGACUGUGAUACCUCCAGCACGCUCAGACGUGGUCACUCUCCGAAUAUACGGCAUGACAUGUUCAUCCUGCACGUCAACUGUGGAAACCCAGUUGAGCGCUCUGCCCGGAAUCAACUCCGUCGCGGUUUCGCUCGCCACAGAAACCGCGAAGGUCGAAUUUGACCGGACUCUGAUUGGACCGAGAGAGAUGGUCGAGCGAAUCGAAGAGAUGGGCUUUGACGCGAUGCUGUCGGACCAAGAGGACUCCACUCAGCUGAAAUCUCUGACUCGUAUGAAGGAGAUCCAGGAAUGGCGGAGUCGGUUCCAAUGGGCGCUCACAUUCGCCGUACCCGUGUUCUUCAUUGGUAUGAUUGCACCCCGCAUGCCGUUCCUCCGCCCCAUUGUGGAUUUCCGAAUAUGCAAUGCGGUAUACCUUGGGGACUUACUGGUUCUCCUCAUUACUACUCCAGCCCAAUUCUGGAUCGGCGCUAAAUUCUAUCGCAACGCGUACAAGUCGCUAAUGCAUAAGACAGCCACGAUGGACGUGCUUGUCAUGCUCGGCACGUCCGCUGCGUACUUUUACUCCCUAUUUGCCGUGUUCUUUGCCAUGUUCAACACCGAACCUGGUUACCGCCCCUUCGUGUUCUUCGACACCAGUACAAUGCUGAUCAUGUUCGUGUCUCUUGGUCGGUUCUUGGAGAAUAGGGCCAAGGGGAAGACAAGCGCAGCCUUGACAGACUUGAUGGCCCUCGCGCCGUCCAUGGCGACAAUAUAUACCGAUCCACCGGCAUGUACACAGGAGAAGCGGAUUCCUACUGAACUUGUUCAGGUGGGAGACAUAUGCAAGCUGGUUCCCGGCGACAAAGUUCCUGCGGACGGGAAUGUCGUCAACGGGUCAUCGAGUGUGGAUGAAAGCGCUGUCACUGGAGAGCCGGUGCCUGUGAUCAAGCAGGUGGGCGAUAGUGUCAUUGGUGGCACCGUCAACGGGUUGGGCACCUUCGAUAUGGUCGUCACGCGUGCAGGCAAGGACACCGCGCUGUCGCAAAUAGUGAAGCUAGUAGAGGAAGCCCAGACCUCCAAAGCACCCAUCCAAGCAUUCGCUGACAAGGUCGCGGGGUACUUUGUGCCCACCGUCAUCUCCUUGGCAGUGAUCACGUUCACGGCGUGGAUCAUAAUCUCACAUAUUAUGACCGACGAGGAUCUCCCGGAAAUGUUCAAGCGGCACGGGUCGACAAAGCUCGCUGUGUGUCUGCAGAUGUGCAUUAGCGUCGUGGUAGUGGCUUGCCCGUGUGCGCUGGGUCUGAGCACGCCGACCGCUAUCAUGGUGGGCACCGGUGUGGGAGCGAAGAAUGGCAUCCUCAUCAAAGGUGGGCGGGCGCUUGAGGCCAGUCGGAGUAUCCGCAAAAUCGUUCUCGAUAAGACCGGUACAGUCACGGAGGGAAAGAUGACUGUUGUCGCUUUAGCGUGGGCCCCUUCGGACAGCCAGACAGAAGCGGACGUUCCCGCCACUCCUUUCGUUGAACAGGCGUCUCUAGGGUCUAUGAGCUGUGACGGGAUUACUUCUCGAGCGGCUGUGAUUGCUAUGGUUGCUGCCACGGAGGCACGCUCCGAACAUCCUUUGGCCAAAGCGGUAGCGGUGUAUGGCAAAGACCUCCUGUCCAAAUCCAACAUGGAGUUACCUGAAGCUACUGUCGAGACCUUCGAGAGCGUCACUGGCGCGGGGGUCAAGGCUACCGUGAAGGUCUCCAAUCUGAAGCCGACGUACACCGUCUUCGUUGGCAACGCUCGGUUUGUAACACAGUCGGAGGAUGGGUACAUCCCUUCGGCACUCUCUCAUGUCCAGGAAAAAGAGACGAGUCGAGGGCGGACGAUGAUCUUCGUUGGCAUAAGCACUGAUUCACUUAGCCGCCGACCUCUGGCCGUGCUAGGUAUCUCGUUGUCUGACACACCCAAGGCGUCCUCCGCGCGGGCUAUCCAGUCUCUGGAGCGCAUGGGUGUGGAGGUCAGUAUGCUUACAGGAGACGGGAUGUCGACCGCCAUAGCUAUUGCGAAGGAAGUUGGCAUCAAACCGGAGAAUGUCUGGGCUAGCAUGAGUCCCAAGGGCAAAGCGUCUGUCGUGACGGACCUCAUGUCCAAGGGCGGAGGCGUCGCAAUGGUUGGAGAUGGUAUCAAUGACUCACCAGCGCUGGUCGCCGCAUCGGUUGGGAUCGCCUUAUCCUCCGGCACAUCUGUGGCCAUUGAAGCUGCAGAUAUUGUCCUGAUGAGGUCGGAUCUGCUUGACGUUGUCGCUGCAUUACAUCUGUCUCGCUCCAUCUUUGCCGUUAUUCGGAGGAACUUGGUGUGGGCGUGCAUAUACAAUGUCCUCGGCAUCCCCCUAGCCAUGGGGUUCUUCCUCCCCUUCGGUUUGUACCUGCACCCCAUGAUGGCAGGUGCUGCCAUGGCGUUCUCGAGCGUGAGCGUGGUGACGAGCUCUCUAACACUCAGGUGGUGGAGACGACCGCUCGAUAGCGUCAUGCCUGGCGAGAAGAUAACGGGGGAGACCGUCAUGGACAGUGCACGCUCAGUGCUGAGUGAUCUCAUGGAGAGCUUGCGGGGUCUAAUUCCUAGUAGGGACAAAGCUGCUGCUGGGUACAGUCAGUUGCCUAUGGAGAUGACUGACAGGGUAUAGGAGUCUCUUGCUGGGUUAUUUAUUCAUACCAAACACCCACUCCUUACGCAUGUAUUAUAGCGUACAUUAUAUUCCAUCUUGUUGUUUGUUUUG